AUGCCCCCACCGGAAGCUCAGCUUGCUCCUUCCCUUCUACUCAGAGCAUCACUAGUACCCAACUCUCGAAAAUGCCCCCCCUCAAAUCUCCAAGACGUGUUCUCCCAGCGAGCCGAUGAGCUCCGCGAAUACAUCUUCACCCAGCCAGCCUCCACCUUCACCCACAAUCCCUGGGCCCUAGCCAACGCAAUCGACACCUUCGCCGCCGAAAAGGGCCACAUGAUGAUCUUCAAAGACAAGAAACUCGACGCAGCUCGCGCCCAGCUAGAAGCGCAGCAUCCCGCGCCCCGCACAAUCCUAGAAUUCGGCACGUUCGUGGGCAAAUCGGCAAUUGCAUGGGGAGCUAUCCUCCGCGAUAUCCACAGCGAGAAUGUCCCCGCAGACGUGAACGUAUACACCUUCGAGUUUAACCCCAAAAUGGUCGCCCUGUCGCGGGAUCUCAUCGAGUUGGCCGGUAUCGCAGAUGUGGUGCAUGUCCUGGAGGGACCUGGCUCGGACUCUUUGAAAAAAUUGCAUACUGAUGGGAUAGUCACGAGUGUUGAUAUGGCGUUCUUUGAUCACUGGGAGAAAUUCUAUCUCCCGGAUCUGCAGCUAAUCGAGGAUUUGGGGCUCUGGAGGUUGGGCUCGCUGGCGAUUGCGGAUAAUACGGACUUCCCUGGUGCGCCGGAUUACUUGCGGUAUGUUAAGGAUGGUGGGGAGGGGUUUGAAGGGUCGGUGAAAUAUGAGAGUACUUCGUUUGAAACGGAGAGUAAGCAAGGCAAGCCGAGUAUCGUCGAAGUUAGCAAGAUUGUGGCUAUUUAA